AUGAAGGUAGAGGAAGAGAAGGCUGGAGUAGAGAAGCUGGACCCUGCUAACUACAGAAGAUCACAUCAGGAUCAAGAAGAUUGCAGAUCCAUCCACAUUGGGUUUUCAGUUCCCAGUUACCCUCAAAGGAAGAGAGACCAGAGGGGAUGUCUUCCCAGCUUGCAAAAGGUCCACUGGGGCCUGCAUCUGGAUAAGCCACAGCAGGAACUGACUGGAGCAGGGAGCGGAGGAAGCAGCAGGGAUGGCUGUGUGAAUCAUGUCAGCAGGACCCGGUCUCCAGCUGCUGAGCAGCUCCAGAACAUCCUGGGGGAGGAAGAUGAGGCUCCCAACCCCACCCUCUUCACAGAAAUGGAUACUCUGCAGCAUGAUGGAGACCAGAUGGAGUGGAAGGAGUCAGCCAGGUGGAUAAAAUUUGAAGAAAAGGUAGAGGAAGGAGGUGAACGCUGGAGCAAGCCCCACGUGUCCACGCUGUCCCUGCACAGUCUCUUUGAGCUCCGGACCUUCCUGCAGACGGGCACAGUGCUGCUCGACUUGGACAGUGGCUCCCUGCCACAGAUCAUAGAUGAUGUUAUUGAGAAGCAAAUUGAGGAUGGCCUCCUGCGGCCAGAGCUCCGGGAGAGGGUCAGCUAUGUCCUCCUAAGGAAACACCGUCAUCAAACCAAGAAACCCAUCCACCGCUCCUUGGUCGACAUUGGAAAGUCAGUCUCCUCCACCACUAAUCGCAGCCCUGCCCGCAGCCCGGGGGCCGGCCCAGUACACCGCUCCACUGAGGACCUGAGGAUGCCGCAGAGUGCAAACUAUGGUCGUCUGUGUCAUGCCCAGAGCAGAAGCAUGAAUGAUAUUUCUCGCACCCCGAACACAGACCAGCGGAAAAACAAAUUCAUGAAGAAGAUCCCCAAGGACUCAGAAGCCUCUAAUGUGCUCGUGGGCGAGGUGGACUUCCUGGACCAGCCUUUCAUUGCCUUUGUGCGUCUCAUCCAGUCAGCCAUGCUCGGAGGAGUGACAGAGGUGCCCGUCCCCACCAGGUUUCUGUUCAUAUUGCUGGGACCUUCUGGGAGAGCAAAAUCCUACAAUGAAAUUGGCCGUGCCAUCGCAACCCUCAUGGUAGAUGAUCUUUUCAGUGAUGUGGCCUACAAAGCCCGAAAUCGGGAAGAUCUAAUCGCAGGAAUUGAUGAGUUUCUGGAUGAGGUCAUUGUUCUCCCCCCAGGUGAAUGGGAUCCAAAUAUCCGAAUUGAGCCCCCCAAGAAGGUGCCUUCUGCUGACAAAAGGAAGUCCGUCUUCUCCCUGAUGGAGCUUGGCCAGGUGAACGGCUCAGUGGCAGGAGGUGGCGGAGCCAGCGCAGGAAGCGCAGCCGGAGGUAGCGGUGGCGGAGGGGCCGGCACCAGCGGAGGGAGCAGCGGAGAUGAUGGAGAGAUGCCAGCCAUGCAUGAAAUUGGGGAAGAGCUUAUCUGGACAGGAAGGUUCUUCGGUGGCCUGUGUCUGGAUGUCAAAAGGAAGCUGCCCUGGUUCCCAAGUGACUUCUACGACGGCUUCCACAUUCAGUCCAUUUCUGCCAUCCUAUUCAUCUACCUCGGCUGCAUCACCAACGCAAUCACCUUUGGUGGGCUUCUGGGGGAUGCCACUGAAAAUUACCAGGGAGUGAUGGAGAGCUUCCUGGGCACUGCCAUGGCUGGCUCCUUGUUCUGCCUCUUCUCGGGACAGCCUCUCAUCAUCCUCAGCAGCACAGGGCCCAUCCUCAUCUUUGAGAAGCUCCUCUUUGACUUCAGCAAAGGCAAUGGCCUGGACUACAUGGAGUUCCGCCUCUGGAUUGGCCUGCACUCAGCCAUCCAGUGCCUUAUCCUGGUGGCCACAGAUGCCAGCUUUAUCAUCAAGUAUGUCACCCGCUUCACCGAGGAGGGCUUCUCUACCCUCAUCAGCUUCAUCUUUAUCUACGAUGCCAUCAAGAAGAUGAUUGGUGCCUUCAAGUACUACCCCAUCAACAUGGACUUUAAGCCUGAUUCCAUCACCGCCUACAAAUGCGAGUGUGUCGCCCCUGACACAGUAAAUACAACCAUGUUCAAUGCUUCAGCUCUGCUGACACAAAACACCAAUACGUCUCUGUACAACCCCCUUAACCUCACAGCACUGGACUGGUCCCUGCUGAGCAAGAAGGAGUGUCUGAACUACGGUGGCCGCCUGCUUGGGAAUUCCUGCCAAUUCAUCCCAGAUUUGGCACUCAUGUCCUUCAUCCUUUUCUUCGGGACAUACUCUAUGACCUUGACCCUGAAGAAGUUCAAAUUCAGCCGUUAUUUCCCUACCAAGGUCCGGGCCCUGGUAGCUGACUUCUCCAUUGUCUUCUCCAUCCUGCUGUUCUGUGGAAUUGAUGCCUGUUUUGGCCUGGAAACCCCCAAGCUACACGUGCCCAGUGUCAUCAAGCCCACUCGGCCUGACCGAGGCUGGUUCGUGGCCCCCUUCGGAAAGAACCCAUGGUGGGUGUACCUGGCGAGCAUCCUGCCCGCCCUGCUGGUGACCAUCCUGAUCUUCAUGGACCAGCAGAUCACAGCCGUCAUAGUCAACCGGAAGGAGAACAAGUUGAGGAAGGCUGCUGGCUACCAUCUGGACCUGUUCUGGGUGGGCAUCCUCAUGGCCCUGUGCUCCUUCAUGGGACUUCCCUGGUACGUGGCUGCCACAGUUAUCUCCAUCGCCCACAUCGACAGCCUCAAGAUGGAGACAGAGACCAGCGCCCCCGGGGAGCAACCCCAGUUCCUGGGAGUCAGGGAACAGAGAGUGACCGGCACCAUUGUCUUCAUCCUGACAGGGAUCUCCGUCUUCCUGGCUCCCAUCCUAAAGUACAUACCCCUGCCAGUACUGUAUGGUGUCUUUCUCUACAUGGGGGUGGCCUCCCUGAAUGGCAUCCAGUUCUGGGAACGCUGCAAGCUCUUUCUGAUGCCUGCCAAGCACCAGCCGGAUCACGCCUUCCUCCGACACGUGCCCCUUCGCCGGAUCCACCUCUUCACCCUGGUGCAGAUACUCUGCCUGGCGGUGCUCUGGAUCCUCAAAUCCACGAUGGCUGCCAUCAUCUUCCCAGUCAUGAUCCUGGGCCUCAUCAUCGUCCGCAGGCUUCUGGACCUCGUCUUCUCCCAGCAUGAUCUGGCCUGGAUUGACAACAUCCUCCCAGAGAAGGAGAAAAAGGAGACAGAUAAAAAGAAGAAAAGAAGGAAAGGGGCACAGGAGGACAGUGAUGAGGAGCCCCAGUUCCCUCCUCCCUCAGUUAUAAAGAUUCCCAUGGAAAGUGUCCAAUCAGAUCCCCAAAACGGUAUCCACUGCAUUGCCAGAAAAAGAUCUUCCAGUUGGAGUUACUCACUCUGAUUCUUCCUUCAGUGACUCAGAACUCAAUCGAAGCAUCACGUUGCACUUCAAAAUUUCCUGUCCAGCUUCACCUGCUUUCAACUAUUCGCAGAGCCCAGUGUUCAUGGUGCCACAGGUGAAGAUAGACAUGGAGUCAGACUGUGACUUCACAGGCAGGGACAGAUAUGGACGAGAAGUUGAUGGUGAGACCACCCUCUAGGAGGAAGUAGCUUCCCUCCUGGGGCACAAAUGGCAGAGAAAGUUCAGUCUUCACUGUGAGUCUGGGCCAAAACCCUUCUGUUUUCUGAGCCUGCUUCUGUAUUUACCAGAGUCAUUAUGCUUUGAUUUAGAGAUCUGUCGAUGAAAAGCAUUACUUACCUGUAAAGUCCUUCCUUCCCUUUGUAGUUAUGAAAAUGAUCAUAGCUAAAUGUUACACUGUAUUUUCUAAAAUGAAAAAUGUUUGUUUCCCAAAGCCAAAACUACAGGGCAAAAGCCAAUUUCUAUUUAAAAUAGCACAUUUUAAAAAAGUUAAAGCAUCUAAACAGUCUAGAAAUCUAUUAAAAUACCAAUUGGUGACACAUGUUGGAGAACUUGUUUUGUAAUUCCACAUAUUAAGAAAUGCUGUAAAGGUCCUAUCUUUUCUCUCCAGCUCAUUUAGUUUUCUAAGGGUCAUAUGACAAAGUCAAACCAUUAUGGGCAGAGGUGUGUCUGCAGCUUUCUCAGAUUUAAAAAGUUCCAAAAGCCUUUUAAUGAAAGAACCAACAUACUUGGGUGGAUAAAUAGUUCUAAAAUAAUUGUUAAAAUGAAAUUUCAAACCACAUAUUAAACCAACAAAAUGAUCGUUUAAGUUGGUGUCUAUGGUUUCUCAUGCCCAGGAUCAAAUUUCCUUAUACAUAUGAGUAGGUCCUACAAGUUUUCAGUGGCCUGAUUUCCAAAGCCAGACUCCCAUUCACAUGCACACUGCAUAUCAGGCAGAGUUAAUGACAAGCGUUGACUUUGAAUGAUUUGAACUUUGAAAUAUUAGUACAUUAGAGGAAUUACUGGAAGCAAGUUGGGUAGAUCAAAACCUGUUAACGAUGAGGCAAACCCUUUCUUCAUGAAACCUGAGACCAGUUGUUUAAUAUUUAAUCCACAUUUAAUGAACACCCUGCUUAUUUAAUGCCUACCAUGCGCCUGUGAGCCACAAUGCAUCUGACGUUUACCUUCUCCAAAGCACAAUGGUUGGGAUCUUGAUAAAAUCACUUUGGUUAGGGUUACAUUUAUCCAAAUUGACAAAAACAGGUGCUUUUUCUUUACCUUAACACCUUAAGUCAAUUGCCAGAGCUGGUGCAGUACCUGGUCCAUAGAAAGUGCUCAAGAAAUGUUCAUUAAAUCUCAGAGCUCCUUUCCAAGGGACACUGCCAAGAGUAAAGUUCUAAACUUCUACUGUGUCUACUGGGGAAAAGAAAGGCAGAAUUACUUAGCUAUUCACCAAUCUAGAACCAUCCCCCCAAGCUUAAAUACAAAUUGUUAAUCUUCACCUGCAGCAGUCUUGGGAGAGAUAAUAAUCCACCCUAAAUGUUUGUUUUAAAACCUGGCUCAUUUCCAAAAGCAAUAGACAGGGGUCUAAAAUGAAUUGUAGAAAUAUUUUGAAUUUAGGAAUAACUGUGCUUGAUCAAUCAAACUGGGAAACGAUAAUGUUAAUUUUUAGUUAUUUUGUAAAUUGAUCACUGUAAUUUUCAACCUAUGGCAUUUAAAUUGUGUAUAUAUGAACAUCUUACUUUCAGUAGCUUUUAACAUGUUGAUAUAUUGUUAUUCUCCAUGCAGUAGAUUAAUACUUUCUCCCACAUGUAACUACAAUUCAAUAAAACGAAUGCUCUCUGCUCAUCUUACUCUGUUUAAUAGGUUAAGUCAGCAGGCAUGG